AUGCUGGGAAAGGGCAGUUUCCGUUAGCUGGUGAAGGCUGAGGCGCGCCACUGGCCACCUCCCCACGUGAAACAGUUGUAGGAGCAUCGCCUCGUCAGGCCGCUGUCUUCCCGCGGCGGAGCGCCCCGGAAACGGCGGGGAACCGGAAGUGGCCCGCGGAAGCUCCAGAGCGAGUCUGGGGAUCGGGAAUCGGGUGUGAGGCGGCGGGAGCUCUGAGACGACGCCAUGUCCCUGAUCUGCUCGAGACUCCAGAUGGACAGGUGACAGAGAUCUGAGUGAUGUGUGUGCUUUCCUGUCGUGUGCCUAGCCAGCCAUCUUUGUUCAAAAAUGAGACGGGCAGGGCCUGCUGUCCACUCUACACAUGCCUGUCUCCAAUGAGGUGCCAGAGCACCCCUGCGUGUCCCCGGUCUCUAAUCAUGUAUAUGAGAGGCGACUCAUUGAGAAGUACAUUGCAGAGAACGGCACAGACCCUGUCAACAACCAGCCUCUGUCAGAGGAGCAGCUCAUUGACAUCAAAGUUGCUCACCCAAUUCGGCCCAAGCCUCCCUCUGCCACCAGCAUCCCAGCCAUUCUGAAAGCCUUGCAGGAUGAGUGGGAUGCCGUCAUGCUGCACAGCUUUACUCUGCGCCAGCAGCUGCAGACAACCCGCCAGGAGCUGUCCCAUGCUCUGUACCAGCACGAUGCCGCCUGCCGUGUCAUUGCCCGUCUCACCAAGGAAGUUACUGCUGCUCGAGAAGCCCUGGCUACCCUGAAACCACAGGCUGGUCUCAUUGUGCCUCAGGCUGUGCCGAGCUCUCAGCCGAGCGUUGUGGGGGCAGGAGAGCCCAUGGAUUUGGGUGAGCUGGUGGGAAUGACCCCUGAGAUCAUUCAGAAGCUUCAAGACAAGGCCACUGUGCUAACCACAGAGCGUAAGAAGAGAGGAAAGACUGUGCCUGAGGAGCUGGUGAAGCCAGAAGAGCUGAGCAAAUACCGACAGGUGGCAUCCCAUGUGGGCCUGCAUAGUGCCAGCAUUCCCGGGAUCCUUGCCCUGGACCUCUGUCCCUCUGACACUAACAAGAUUCUUACUGGUGGGGCAGAUAAAAAUGUUGUUGUGUUUGAUAAGAGUUCUGAGCAAAUCCUGGCCACCCUCAAGGGCCAUACCAAGAAGGUCACCAGUGUGGUGUUUCACCCUUCACAGGAACUGGUGUUUUCUGCCUCUCCAGAUGCCACUAUCAGGAUAUGGUCAGUGCCGACCACCUCUUGUGUACAAGUCGUUCGUGCCCAUGAGAGUGCUGUGACAGGCCUCAGCCUCCAUGCUACUGGAGACUAUCUCCUGAGCUCCUCUGAUGACCAGUACUGGGCCUUCUCUGACAUCCAGACAGGGCGUGUGCUCACCAAGGUGACAGAUGAGACCUCCGGCUGCUCUCUCACCUGUGCCCAGUUCCACCCUGAUGGACUCAUUUUUGGAACAGGAACUCUGGAUUCCCAGAUCAAGAUCUGGGACUUGAAGGAGCGCACCAACGUGGCCAACUUCCCUGGCCACUCUGGUCCCAUCACCAGCAUCGCUUUCUCCGAGAAUGGGUACUACUUGGCCACAGCAGCUGAUGACUCCUCUGUCAAGCUCUGGGACUUGCGCAAGCUGAAGAACUUCAAGACAUUGCAGCUAGACAACAACUUUGAGGUGAAGUCACUGAUCUUUGAUCAGAGCGGAACUUAUCUGGCCCUUGGGGGCACAGACGUCCAGAUCUACAUCUGCAAGCAGUGGACGGAGGUUCUUCACUUCACAGAACAUAGUGGCCUGACCACUGGAGUGGCCUUUGGGCACCAUGCCAAGUUCAUCGCUUCAACCGGCAUGGACAGGAGCCUCAAGUUCUACAGCCUGUAGGCCCGGUGCCUUCUCGUGGAUAUUGGGUCUCAUCUCAGUAGUGGGAUAGAGUUAGGGGUAGGGGGUGGGUGGGG